GACGACACUUUGCGGAAGGAGGAAGCUCGAAGCUGAACGACACAUCGGAAGACGGAAUAUACACACCCUGAGAACAAAAUUCAUGUCGGAAACCAUUCAAUUUCCACGAACCCAAGCAAAACAACCUAUCAAAUCAUCUAAAUCAACAAACUUUUCUUCCAUAUUAUUGUCCGUUUAAGAAAUUCCGACGCGUUUCUGCCGAUUUCCCACCGUCUCAUUACCUCCGUUCCCAACCCACCUUCUCAGAUUCUUCCUCCGUCGCUGUAAUCCCAGUCCUCGCCGUAUUCUUCACCCCUCCAUUAAACCCAUUUCUCUUUUUCCUCAUCGCUUCUCAAUUUUACGUUGCCGGAUCUGAUUCCAUCAUUAAAUACCUUUUGAAAAGCUUGAGAUUCAACAGCUAUGGUGAAGGAGACUGGUUAUUAUGAUGUAUUGGGUGUCAGCUUUGAUGCCUCCUCUGCUGAAAUUAAAAAAGCUUACUAUGUUAAGGCAAGGUUAGUUCAUCCAGAUAAAAAUCAAGGAGAUCCAAAAGCUGCGGAAAAUUUUCAGGUACUGGGAGAGGCUUAUCAGGUAUUGAGCGAUCCUGAGAAGCGUGAGGCGUAUGACAAGUAUGGGAAGGCAGGAGUACAACAGGAAGCCAUGGUGGACCCUGCAGCUGUGUUCGGUAUGCUUUUUGGAAGCGAGUUCUUUGAAGAGUAUGUUGGUCAGCUUGCUUUGGCUGUAUUAUCAUCUUUGGAAAUCGAGGACGGUACACCAGACUCAGAGUUACGCAGGCAAAAAAUUCAGGAAAAGUUAAGGCUGUUUCAAAAGGAAAGGGAAGAUAAACUUGUAAACAUUCUGAAAGAGCGCCUGCAACCAUAUGUCGAUGGUCAGGUUGACGAGUUUGUACAAUGGGCAAGUUUAGAAGCACGACGACUCUCCUGUGCUGCUUUUGGUGAGACCAUGCUGCACACCAUUGGAUACAUAUACACAAGGAAAGCUGCAAAGGAACUCGGGAAGGACAGACGUUAUAUGAAUGUACCGUUUUUAGCGGAGUGGGUGCGGGAUAAAGGACACCAGAUAAAAUCACAAGUGAUGGCUGCUUCAGGUGCCGUUUCUUUGAUUCAAUUACAGGAAGAGUUGAAGAGGCUGAAUGAAGGAGAUAACAGGGAUGAGAACCUGGCAAAAGCCAUUGAAGAGAAGAAAGACGCUGUUCUUAACUCUCUUUGGCAGAUUAAUGUAGUCGACAUUGAAUCUACUCUAUCACGUGUCUGCCAAGUGGUUCUUAGAGACCCCAAUGUGUCGAAAGACGUAUUGAAGCUACGAGCCAGAGGAUUAAGGAAGUUUGGAGCAAUCUUCCAAGGUGCAAAAUCAGCUUAUAGUAGAGAAAACAGCCUGAGGCGUGAAAGUGAUAGAUCAAUUGGUGAUGCUUCAACUUCAUGAUCUCACACUCUGUUAGUCUCUCCUGCUCAAAGAUGGUGAUCUGAUGAUCUAAUUCUAUUUAUUUAAAUUAUCUUAAUGUUUUGUAUGCUUUGUUGAGAAUUCCUUCAAUUUUUUUUAACAUUUUCUUUUCCUACUUUGUAAUUUAUAGCUUACAAUCUGUUCUUUUUUGUUGUAAAUAAACAAUAUAGGAGAGUUCAAUUUCUAGAGCAUUGCCUUUUCAGAAAGGAACAUGUUUUAUUUGCAAUGAAAUUUGUUUUGUUA